GAAAGUGGAACUUAAUUGCGGAUAAACAGGUACGGAAGACUUAAACCCGCUUUUAAAAGUAAAAGGAAUAAACACAAUACAACUAUGGCUACCGGUGGAUUUGAUGAUACACUUCUGGAAUGUGGUAGUGACGUCGUUGGUGGAAAGAUCGGGAGCAAGUGUGAACCUUGUCGUCGUCAGAACAGGUCAGAGGUGGCUUCGUUGUUCUGUAAUACAUGCAAUGUAUAUCUAUGCGAUGACUGUUGUGGUGUACACAAGGUGCAUAUGACAAACGUAGAUAAACAUGAUAUCGUGACUGCCGAUGAAGCCAGUGUCAAACCAGAUGUCGAUAUGAAGGGACUGGAUCAGUGUUUAGAACAUAAACGAGUGUUCAUGUUUCACUGUGAAGACCACGAAGAUUUGUGUUGUGAGAUCUGUGCCUUUUCUCGUCAUCGUAGAUGCGAUAAUAUCCACGAAAUAGCAAAGGUCGCUAAGAAUAUGAAAGAUGAUGAAAUGGAAAAGAUACGUGCAUCCAUUGUUACUGCCUCAGAUGUUAUAAUGAAAUGCAAAGAGGAUCAGUUGAACAACGUUUCGCGAGUUGAAGAAAUCGUAAAAGAAAUUGAUAUUUACAAGGAAGACAUAUUGAAGAAAAUUGAGGAAGCCAAGAAGCGAAUUGUCAGCGAAAUUACUAGCCAUAACACACAGGAAGACGAACGUAUUAAUACGAGGAGAAAUGCGGCUGAAAACCUAAAGAGAGAACUUGACACGCAUUUGGCAAUGUCAGAUAGCGUUCGCGAGAAUGGAACGGAAACGGAAAUAUUCAUUCUAAACCACCUUCUCAAGAGGACGCAAGAUAAGGCAUCACAAACACUGAACACUUUAUUGAAGAAUGAUUACACCGUCAAAGUGGGACUUAAAAUAAACGAAAACAUUUCAAAACUAAAAACUACUGAUAUCGCAUUAUUCUCAUUAAAUAAAACACAAGAGCCAAAAACACAAUCAUUAAAUGGAGACGAUUUAAUCAAGCCUGCAAAAAGCUCUACAUACGAGAAACAAACACACCAACAAAAGCCGGUGCGUCUGGAGCUGUUGAAAACCAUGGAGCUCGAGAAGACAGGAGACGAGAAGGAGGAGCCGUUUGUUACUGGGCUGGACUUCCUGCCGGACGGGAGGAUCGUCGCCGUUGAUAACAUGAACUGUAAAUGUUUUAUCUUGAGUGACCCAUUGAAGAGGUUGGACACAUUUUAUAAAUUUAAGACAUAUCCUAAGGACAUUACUUCUUACUCUGAUAUCAAUAUUGCAGUAACAUUAGAUAUUCGAACCAUCUGCCUGCUGACGGUGGGCAGUGACAACACGAUCACGCUGAUGAAGACGCUGACCACGCCCACCUACUACUUCUCCAUCUGUCCACUGAACGACCGCACGUUCGUAGUGAGCACCUGGGACGACCCGCGGCCUGCCAGGAUGAUUGACGUGGACGGCAAGGAGAGCGACUUUGACAACGUGAAGUUUCCUGGAAAGACGUAUAAGCUUGGUGAAAGUAGAUGUACCUACAUACAAACACGGGGUACUCUGGUCCUUACAGACAAACAUGCUCACACAGUUUACAUGUAUAAUACCGUAUCCGGCACGAGUAGCGAGGUGAAAUGUGACCGGAUACGGGCACCGAGAGGCGCCUGUGUGGGCCCAGAUGACUCCGUGUUUGUGUGCAGUGACAACACAAACUCCGUCAUCCAGAUAUCACCAGACGGGGAUAUAUUGGCGUUAUGUGACGUCGACAUGAAGUUUCCGUACGCCGUUGCCGUCUCCAGGGAUGGCUCGAGAAUGGCCGUGAUCAACAGUUCGGGAGGCGAGAGAAAACUGAAACUGUUUAAAAUAAUACGAUAAAAGUGUUUUUGUCAAGAUCAGAAAUAAAGUUAAGUUUAAAGUAUAAUUCAUCAUCAUAGUAAAUAUAACUUUCUGUUUGAACAUUAUAUGUGAAUAGUUAGUAAAUAAGAGUCUUGUAGUUAUACGAUGUAUUUUUAAAUAACAACCAUUAUUUGUCUUGUAUUGAUAUAUUUAUAAGGUGAAUAUGUUUCUUAGUAUAAUUUACUUAAAAAAGAUGAAACUCCCCUUGGACAGAAAAUCAUACUUAGGUACCAACACAAUUCCUAAGCUUCUUUAUGAAGCGCAUUUCAUAAUAUUGUAUUUACUGAGGCGUAAAAGAAACAUUAACAAAAAGAAACAUGUCCUCAAUAGAAAUAAAUAUCUUUAAACUGUGAGGUAUUAUUGUAUUGCAUGUGUAAGUAUACUACUAGUUUUAAAGUGCGAGUCGUUCAGGAUGCUGAUGUUGCUAAAAAUGUUAAUAAUAAUAAUGUAAUGUUGAAGAACAUCUUUUUUAUUAUUCAUUUAACAAUUUUGCACAGCACAGUAUCCUAAGCCUAUAUAAAUUAUAGACAUUUAAAGUAUAAGUUCCUGAUUUUA